AAACAAACAACCUUUCUUUUCAAUCCGCUUACGUGGACGCCUGCCAUUGGUAAUUGAUCCACUGUUAAACAGUUUUUUCCGGUGAGUCACCCCCCAAAAAUACUGACAUUGUUCAUAUCCUUCGAACCCACCAAAAAAAAAAAAACAAAAAAAAAUUACACCAGAAACUGAGAAAUUUCCUUCAGAAAAUUGAUUUGGGAAAAAUUAUGGGGCCAACAACCUGAUAAUUACAGAAGAAUGAAGAAUCUGCAAAGAGCCCAAUUGUGUGUGAAACCUUUUGCCUACUCACAGCUGGGGUUUAUCAGUUCUUUCUCACCCUUCACCUGAUAAUGAUGACAUGCAUUUCAUCUUAGAGAGAGAAAGAGAUUUGGGAAACCCUACAAAAAAAAAAAAAAAUCUUUUUAGGAAAGGUCCACGAAGGAUGAGGAAGAGGGACCCUAAUAAUAGAGGGGUGAUAGGGAUCGAAGAAAUAAAGUUAAAAAAAAAAGGCAAAGAAAAAAGAAAAAGGAAACAAAGACAGCUAGCUUAUUACUCUACUUGGGGCUUAAUUUGAGAAGAAAAUUUGACAAAUCUUUGCUUUAUUUUAUUUUUUAAAGUUAUGAGGGAAAGUUAAAAAUGUGGUGAUGGUAAUGUGUGCAUGUUAUGAACAAGGAUUGAUUGAUUAAUUACAAUAUUUUGGGGGGUAAUUUUCUUCCUUAUUAAAGCACCCCAUCUCUUGUCAUUACCAUUUGCCUCAGUCUGUCUUUCCCCCAUAUCUUUAAAACUUUUGUUUUGAUAUGUUUGGCUAUCCCUUUUUGUGAGGCAGAGAUAUCUAUCACUUAUUCUUUUUAAUUCUCUUUCCCAAUUCACUCUCCUCUACAAUCCCUUUUAAUUUUUUCCUUCUUCUUUCUCUAUUCUUUUUCUUGAGGAUAGAUUAGAUCUCUCAGCCUGCAAACUGUGAGUUCAUCAUAUUCUGCAUUUGUGGGCAGAGGGGAAUUGAGAUUUGAUUACAUUUGGAGGACCCCUUUUUUGAAGGGCUGUUACUACAAUCAUACAUUGACAUUUAUCAGAUACUUUUUUGUAUAGAGGUACUUUUUCUUGUUGGCAGUCCUUUUCUCUCAUGCUCUGUUUUCCCCUGUUGCUGUACUUGUUUGGGUUUCUGCUUCCGUUUCUGGCAGAUCUCUGUCAGAUCUUUAACAUUGUCUUUCUUUCUUCGUUGUAUCUCUGAUUCUUGAUUGGUAUUUAUGCUCAAUUGUCCUUUUUUCUCUAGCAUUUUUCUUGAAGUUUUAUAGAACAGAGUAAGAAAAAGGAUCGAAAUUUGGACUCUUUGGCAGUUUUUGUGUUUAUAUUGUUUCUCGAUUUUAGCGGUUAAUGCAGUGGGCAAGACGUAUUUUUUCAAGAUUUUGGUUCAGGAACAACUAAUGGUUCUCCCAAUUUGUUGUCAAAAUUUCCGUAUCUUGAAGUUCAUCCAUCUUUGUUCAAUAAAAGAAAGAUUCAGCUUCUACCGGUCAUGAACUAAACUGGGAUCAUGUUGUUCUGGAUUUGAUGUGAUAUGGGUCUUUAUUAAUGCACCAUUUUUGCUUCUGUUUGUUCGAUUUCUUGAUUGACGUCUAAAAACCAGGUCCCUGUGCUGGUAGAUUCUUCAAAGACUGGAUUUUGGUUACACGAUUAUUUAAAUAGUGGCUACUUUUCGUCAAUCUCAAGUGAUGCUUUUUCCACUUUGUUCUUUCUUAAUUAUGGCUGUGAUAUUAGUUACUAUAUUUAAUGGUCCUACCAAAAAGGGUGUUGUUUUCCCAUUCUUGUCUUGGAGGUUUUUGCAUGGUUUAGUUUUUCCUUUCUUUUUCUCAAUACCUUUUUCUGACUAAUUGGCCAAGAGGGCCCUCAUUAGUAUGAGGCCGGCUGAAUUUCAUAAAGGCAAGCAGCUUGGGACCCAGAUCAUGUGGACUUUUAAAUCCAAAGUAACAUCAGAUUGUUUGUACGACGUCGGUAGUUGCAACCAGAUCUUGUAGUUAUUACAGGUUCUGCUGCUUGUUUCCUUGUGCUGUUUUUGACAAGCAGAUCUGUGAAUUUGUUGCUUGUUUUGCUUCAGAGAGCUACUGUUUAUUGAAUUCUGUAGGGUUGAACUCUGUAUGUUGUUCUGUAUAUUCUUGUUGAAGUCAUUAAUUUGCUGCACAGUGCAUUGAACUGAAUGUGUUGUUACUGUUUGUAAAAUAUCCUUAUUAAGUGCCGCUUAAGUACUGCUAUUUGAUUCUUGGCUUUAAUGUAUGAUAUACCUUCAGCUCAAUUUCAGAUCUUUUGCUUACCUUUCGGCUCCAAUCUGUUUGUUUGUUCAGGCUUUUGAACUGAUCUGUGUCUUCCAUUCUGUUUGCAGUUAGUUGAUCAUUUUUGGAAUCAUGAAGCAUAAAGACAAAGAUGGAAAACCACUUCCAGAUAGGAAUUCUAAAGUACCCACUGCUCUACUGUUUGUUGUGUUGUGUGGGUUAUCAUUUUAUCUUGGUGGAAUAUUUUGUUCUGAGAAGGAAAACUUCACAACCACAGAAGUAAAAGAUGAAGUUCCAUCAUCCAAAUCCAAUGCCGUCGUGUCACCUCUCCAAAUUAAAGAUGUUUCCUUUCCAGAUUGUGGCCUUGAUUAUCAGGACUAUACUCCGUGUACAGAUCCAAAGAGAUGGAGGAAGUUUGGUAUGCAAAGGCUUACCUUUAUGGAACGGCAUUGCCCUCCAAUAUUUGAAAAGAAAGAAUGCUUAGUUCCUCCCCCAGAUGGCUACAAGGUGCCUAUCAGAUGGCCUAAGAGCAGAGAUCAAUGUUGGUACAGGAAUGUUCCAUAUGAUUGGAUUAACAAACAGAAGUCCAAUCAGCAUUGGCUUCAAAAAGAAGGGGACAAGUUCCUUUUUCCUGGUGGUGGUACCAUGUUUCCUAAUGGUGUUGGAGAGUAUGUUGAUUUGAUGCAGGAUCUAGUCCCCGGAAUGAAAGAUGGAACAAUUCGGACUGCUAUUGAUACUGGCUGUGGGGUUGCCAGCUGGGGAGGUGAUUUACUAGAUCGCAAUAUUUUGACAGUUUCUCUUGCACCAAGAGAUAAUCAUGAAGCUCAAGUUCAGUUUGCUCUAGAACGUGGAAUUCCUGCUAUUCUUGGAAUCAUUUCAACUCAAAGACUUCCUUUCCCCUCAAAUUCUUUUGAUAUGGCUCACUGCUCCAGAUGCCUUAUUCCAUGGACUGAAUUUGGUGGAUUGUACCUUCUUGAAAUUCAUCGCAUCCUACGUCCUGGGGGUUUCUGGGUUCUCUCUGGUCCGCCUGUGAACUAUGAAAACCGCUGGAAAGGAUGGAACACUACAAUUGAGGAGCAGAAAGAUAACUAUGAAAAGUUGCAGGAACUCCUUACUUCAAUGUGCUUCAAAUUUUACAAGAAGAAAGAUGACAUUGCUGUGUGGCAGAAAACUUCUGACAAUAGCUGCUAUAAGAAGCUCGAUUCUCCAGAUAACUACCCGACUAAGUGUGAUGAUGGUACAGAGCCAGAUUCUGCAUGGUACACUCCUCUUCGGCCUUGCGUUGUUGUUCCUGACCAGAAGCUUAAAAAAGUAGGGUUAAAAUCCCUUCCCAAGUGGCCUCAAAGGUUGCAUGUUGCACCAGAGCGGGUGUCUGAUGUUCGUGGUGGCAGUGAGGGUGCCUUCAAUCAUGAUGAUAAUAAAUGGAAGAACCGCGUAAAGCAUUACAAGAAGUUGCUUCCUGCUAUUGGUACUGACAAAAUAAGGAAUGUGAUGGAUAUGAACACGCAGUAUGGAGGUUUGGCUGCUGCUUUGAUUGAUGAUCCUCUUUGGGUCAUGAAUGUGGUUUCGUCAUAUGCUGCGAACACUCUUCCAGUUGUGUUUGACCGGGGACUCAUUGGAACCUACCAUGACUGGUGCGAGGCUUUUUCAACAUAUCCCCGAACUUAUGAUCUGCUUCAUCUUGAUGGCCUCUUUACAUCUGAAAGCCACAGGUACGCCUUUUCCUGGAAAAUUUCAGUUUUGCAUUUGUCUCUGUAGAUUCUACUACUGAUGCCUUUGUUUCCCCUUAGAGAAUGAUUUCUCGUGGUUUGUUCUGUUAUCAUUUAAUUUAUAUGUUGGAUCAGAUUCCUCUUUCAAUCUGGAUUCUGAAACUUUUUCUCAUCUUAUAGUCCCAACUUUCAAGCUGUCCCCAAUUAUGAUUGUGCAAGUUGAGUUUUGGGCCAAAUUCCUGUAGAAUGAUGUGAACUCUGGGGCGAUAUAAUAAGUUAUUCAUUUAUUUAUUUUUUAUGUUGCUAAGCAGUUGCGUUUCAAUAGUAUUGGCAGCCUGGUACUGAACUCCCUAGCUACUUAUGUUACAUUUGUAGCCAUUUAAUCUGAUACCCUGAUUAAAACCCGAUACCCGAUGCAUUUCAUGAUCCAGAUUUUAGUUAUCGGAGUGUUCUUUGGGACUAAUGUGCUGCUGUUGUUGGACAGGUGUGAAAUGAAAUACGUCUUGCUGGAGAUGGAUAGGAUCUUGAGGCCUAACGGAUAUGCAAUAAUCCGUGAAUCUAGUUAUUUUGUCGAUGCAGUUGCAACUGUCGCCAAGGGAAUGAAGUGGGGAUGUCGUAAAGAAGAAACAGAAUAUGGCGUCGACAAGGAGAAAAUAUUGGUAUGCCAAAAGAAACUCUGGUAUUCUAAGAAAAGUUCAAGUUGAUAGGUGUAAAAACGGCAGACAUAAAUUACUACAGUUCCGGAGAAAGGGUCUUAAAUGAGAUUAAAGAGUUACAUAAUACCAGCCAUACACAGACAAGCUCCCACACAAAAUCACAGGGAAAGAGAUUAUUAUACUUUGUUUGAGGAAUGAUUGAAAUCAAAUUUCUUCCAAGAAAUAGUGUUAUCAAAUAACGUUUAUUUUUUCUCUUUUUUUUUUUCCCUUUAGGGUAAUUUUUAAGUUAUAUAGUAUUCUUUAUGUAGGAUCAUUGCCUAGAUUUUUGUCUUCUGUUUUGCUUUUUUUAAUUUCCUCGUAUCAAAUUAGCUUGAGGAAUGUAAUGAGCUGAAAGACAACAUCUAUCACAGCCCACAGGUUCAUGUAAUGAAAUUUUCUCAUUUUCUACCUUCAAUCCCAAGAGAUUAAAUUAGCAUCCCC